AUGGGUUCCGUCACUGAAGGGGCGUUCAGUUCAGCUAAGCUUUAUGAGAAAUUCGGUAGUCCGAGACCUUCAAUGGACGUUGCCGAUAUUGGGACCAAUAUAAAACCGAGAUACGAAUCCGAGGAAGAGGAUGUGUCGGAGGCCGAAGUGUCUGAGCGCACGGAAUAUCUUUUCUCUCCUAUAGAGAAUGACAGUGAUACUGGGGUUUCUGAAUUCGAAGAAGUGGGCUUUGAUUCACCCCAAUGCUCGAUUACCAACAAGAGCUAUGCAUCGGAGAUUACGUUUUCGUUGGAAAUUCCGAUCCCACCUUUCAUAGUUACAGACAUUUCAGGAUCGGGGUCAAUCAGCACCGCUAACCGUGAUAGUUGCAUCACCUUGAUGCCUCCUCUCAAAUCACACGCAACCGAGAUUGCUUCGAUAAGUUCUCCCAAAUCUAUAUCAGCUUCUCCAACGUUAUUUCCGGUUGCAGAACCUAUAUUCGUAUCGAACCAUGUCACGGAAGAGGAAGCUAUGCAAUACUUUCAAUCCUUUUGCUCUGAGGCACUGCCCUCAGACGAGGAGUAUUCUGCCGAUACAUGUUUUCAUGUUGCAACCCCAAUAUCCUUCCAUGUACCAGAGAGCAAACCCCAUUUGAUUUCCAUCCAAGCGCAACCUCAUCCACCUUCCAUUGCACGAAACACACCGAGACAAAGGAAUAGGAAUUCAACUCCUGUCACUGGUGAGGUCUCUAGCAAAAGCAGCCCCGGUAAUGUCACCUUGAAACAUGGCAUCUCCAGUUUCAGGAUGGGAAAACAGGAUAGGAAACGUGACUCUUCUCCCCCGGUUCCUGAGUCCGCAUCUUUUAUUAAAGCGAAAUUCUCAGAUGGCUUUGUAUCUGCACUUUCUGACCUCAACGUGCGUGGAAGUAAUAGCCACUUCUUCGGUUCCGAAUCCGAACUUUCUUCCCCUGCCUCCCGGAGCAAUUCGCGAGACGUAAAUCCUUUGCUUCCUCAGAAACAUACUCUCCUGCCAUCACCUCACAUCUUGGAACGAAACCCUUCCAAACAGCGGCACCAGACAAUUGAGAAUUAUGUAGCAGAACGAGUUAAUUCUGAGAGGAGUAGCAAAGGGACUGAGGAUAGGAAAUCCCGGAAGAUCACCAAGAAGACCAAUCCGCCUCCCGUCCCACAACUAACGGGAAUAGCAAUCUCUUCAGACGUUCAAUCCCCUCCUUCAGGCACUGUGUCUCUCCACCGCCCCGGUUCCAUACAGCUACAGAAUCAACAACCCAUGUCCAAAACUUCAAUCUCGGAAAAGGGAACAUAUAGCCAUUACCGCAACAGUGUGAAAAUCAACAUCAAUCCAUCGCCACCACUCACCAAUCCUGCGGACAAUUCUUCAAACUUACCAUUCCCGGAUGUAUUCAAUUCCAAUUUGCUACAUCCAACAUCAAAAAGAAGUGGUUUUCAUGAAAAAACCCACUCAAUCAACAGUCUAGCCAGCGUCAACAGCAUGCCCAACUAUCCCUCAUCUGACAACUCCUCUGCCCAUUCCCCAGCGCACCGCUAUAGACAGCGAUUCUACCCAUCGGACCCACUACGGUCUGAACGACCCCAAUCACGCGAGAGCAUCAAUUCAAGUCUGAAGCCUCAUCGUCGCAGCGCUUACACCUACAUACCGCGUGAGAGCAUGUCCACCACGAAUCUGAGCAGUAUGUCCUUUGUCUCGACCUCAUCCUCGAGACCAAGCUCCCGGUCUGAUGCCAACAGCUUGAGCUGGAACUACAGCACUGGCACCUGGAACCCAUCAGGGAACUCGAGAAUGAAUACAGACUGCGCUAUUAACACCGCCCGCCCAAGGAGUACUACUAUCAAGCGUUUAUAUGAAACGGGUGAAACCGUCUCUCGUGCGGGAACUAAGGCUAUUACUGGUUUAGGAGCUAUGCUGCGAAAAAAGAGCGGUACACCUGGUGAUGAGCGGUGGAGUUCCAAUAGAUUUGUUUAA